UGCUUAACGUACCACUCUAAUAACGGCACGCGUUGCUUCCAAAUUCAUAACACACGUGUCAUACAUUUGAAGUUUGCUAUUUUGCUUCACGGACCUCAGUAGGAAGAACAAAGGAUUGCUGCUCGCUCAUUCCACAUCACACGAGCCUCUUGAAGAGCGAAACUAUCACUAAAUCAGAUUCUCGUUAAAGCUUUUUAAAGAUGUUUCGUUCUUGGUGGCUAUCGCUGUUAAUCUUAGGCAUUGCCGUUAGUGUAGUUUUGACACAUGAUGAUCUGCCGCCCGGACAUUCCGAAGACGAACACGACGAAGAACCCGAAGAUCAAGCUGACGAACAGCAUCCUGAUGAAGACGAAACUGCAGAUGAGGAGAAAGACGACAGCAACGAGGAGGAGGAAGAUGAGGAUCAAGAAGAAGAGGACGAAAGUCAAGGAGAUGAGAGUGAUGAUGACACUGAUCAAAGCCAUCUUGAACACGAUGCUUUUCUGGGGGAUAACUACACAGAAUUCAAAGGACUCUCACCAGAAGACGCCAAAACUAAAUUGGCGCAGCUUAUAAAAGAUGAAGUGGAUUUGAACAAAGAUGGACUCUUGACUGAAGAUGAGAUCAGACAGAGGUUCCAUGUAACAACAAAAGAAUACAGGAAAAAAGAAGUGAUGGAAACCAUGAAACAACAUGACGAGGAUAAAGAUGGAAAAGUAUCGUGGGAGGAAUUCAAAAAGGGUCACUUCUCCGAUGAUGGUAAAGACGAUGACAUCAAGGAACAAAUGAAAGAAGAUGAAGAGAAAUUUAAAUUUGCUGAUGAAGACGGAGACGGCAAAUUAGAUUUAGAAGAAUACUUGGCCUUUUAUCACCCUGGGGAUAAUCCACGGAUGGCGGAGUUUACAAUAGAAGACAGCCUUAAAAAACACGAUAAAGACAAGGACGGACAGAUAUCAAAGAAAGAAUUUUUAGCCACAUUCAGUGAUGUAAACGAUGAUGCUAAAGAAGAAAUGGAGAAGGAUUUCACCACCAACUUUGAUAAAGACAAAAGUGGUAAAUUGGGCAAAGAAGAGAUGAAAAGCUGGCUUUUCCCUGACGAUGAUUUCUCCAUCGAGGAACCAAAGACACUCAUUAAGGAAGCUGAUGAGAACCAUGACGGCAAACUCACCAUGGAUGAAAUUAUGAAAAACUAUAAAGUUUUCAUAGAGGAUGAACAAGACGAUUCAAACCACGACGAAUUAUAAACUCUGUUUUCCUACUGUCAGGAUAAAUUAGGUUAAGAAAAUAUUUGGUUGAAAAAUAAGUCAUCGAAUGAAAAUGAUGUACAAUUCAGUAAUACACGUAUUCUUUACCUAUGAACCUUGAAAUUAUUUUAAAUAAUUAUUAUAAAGAAAGCUUCAAAUGUUUUCUAGAGCCUUCCCCAGACUUUGACUUACAGUUUAUUAGAUAAAAAUAAAGAACAAUGUCAGUUCUGACAUACAUUUA